CGGAAACGCACCCUUGCCUUGUUGAACAAAGAAUACAUCAACCGUUGCCAUCAUCUUCUCAACGUCUGUUUGAACAAUGAGGUUUAGUAAUCCAUCCACGGUUGCGUCACUGUUCUUGUUGUGCAAUGUCGCACRAGGAUCACUCUUGGAGAAACGGUUUAGCAUCAACGGACCGGAGUACAAGUAUGAAGAUCUGCAAUUCUCAAUGGAUUUCGAAAUCAGUGAUUUUGUACAGGAUUCUAUGAUYGRGUAUUCGUUGUAUGAUGGAAUGGCCUGUAAAGACGGCGGCGACAACGAUAUCACCGAGAAUAGCGGAUACCUGUUAUCCAGAAUUCGAACCGAUCAAACACCACCGGGAGACGGAAACGGAGUUCGAAAGAUCAAGAUCCAGUCGGAGCUCAAUUCAAAAUUGAUUAAAGCUUCCCCAAUAUAUCAAGAGGACGAGGACGGCAACGUUACGGUCGAAUAUUGCAUGCGUUUCGGUGUCUAUAACACAGACAAGACCAAUGCCUUUGCGAUGGAAACCAACUUUCUGGAAAUUCCGGUAAAGCUAGUGAUUGAUCUGAACGCUGGCUUUGAAGUCGAUGCCGCAGUGAGCAACGCGGAUGGUGUUCUCGUCGAAUCAGAGCAAGGUGUUGCGGUYGAAGCGUACAUCUGUGACGACGACGAGAACAUAGUGCCAAUCGUAGGAUUCGAGCAAGGUCAAACGGUCCGUGUCUGUGUCAGCCCUACCCCUUCGAAUCUAGCCGCCGGAGCUCUGAUGAGACAGAUCGAAUCCUUCACCUUCAGAAGAUUGKCCCCACUGUUGGUCGAGCAGCCCGCAAUCAACCCCCAAACGGGCGGUGAUGCCGCGGACGAUUUGACGAUUGUUUCGUGCCAACCCGGAUCGACGGUUUGUGCCUUCGAAACGUUGCUGUAUGCCGACUUUUUUGUCGAAGAGGGACAAGUUAUAGGUAAGAAAACACAAUGGAAGAAAGCGAAGUGAGAUGCUGCAAGAGCUGCUACCAGUCGUUCUUGUGUUGGAUGGAUCGACUGGAGUGCUCGCAAAGGAAUCGAUUUGCUCGAUUGGCUCGCCCGGAGUUUUGUGUUUCUCACGAUGCGUUUUUGUUUGUCRUUGCUUCCAUCCACAGGUGCGGGAACGGCCUUCUUGCAGCUGGGAACCGGUGCCAGUGCAACGUCCCGUAGGCUGCAGGMAACGCCCAACCAAAUCCUAAGUGAGAAUCCCACGAAAUUUGGGGUAACACUCAAUCUGGUCACGGUCGAGAGCAGCUACCAGAUGGCAAACACGAGUGGUGCCGCUCCCGCAGCGCUCACCACUGCAUUUUUCGGCCUCGCAUCCCUCGCAACGGCCCUGGUUCUUUUCUAAUGAACCAAAAGGGCAACCGACCGCGAUCGAAAAACCACCAGCACUCGAAGCACGAAUGCCUUUCGUUGUGGAAAGGCUCAGUAUUCUCAAAAUCGUAUCAAUGCACAACACUGCACAGUGUACUAYUGUCCAUAAUAAGUUAUUUUUUCUUCG